CCUAAUCCUUGCAAACCCUUUAGCCGAAAAUUUCCACGCGCCUUCUGGCAAAAGCAUAAAACUUGGCCGGAGAAACUAAAACAAAAGAUGUCGGAGAACAGGCUCAAAGAUGUCAAACAAGAGCAGGGCGUUCGGAGUGCGUGCAGACACUUUCCGGGGAAUACGAUGAUGAUGAUGAUGAAGGUGGAAUACAAGCAUAAUUACGGGGUAGAGUUGAUGAAAUUUCCGUUUUGUAUAUGUACGGGAUACGACAAGCUUCUCGAAGAAAUUUCUAAGAGACUGAAGUUGAAGGAUAGAAGUGUAAAUCUGAAAUAUGUUGAUGAAGAGGGUGACAAGAUCUUAAUAGCAUGUGACGAUGAUUUGAAGCUUUUGUCCAACAAACUUACGCCCUCCGGCAAGGGUUAUGUCCACUUGUUUCUUCAAUUAAGAUAUUAUUAGAAGAGUUGCUUGCUACAUAUCUUCUUUACCAAAAAGUUUGGUUAAGAUCUAGGGUUUUAAUUUUUAAAUGAGACAAAAAUUAAAUAAAUAAAUUUCUUAUUUGAUUUAGUCAAACAUAGAUACAUUAUUUAAAUAAAGUUUUGUAUUAUCUUGAUGAGUUGUUUUUUUACCGAAUCCGGAACAGAAGA